AUGCUGCGCUCGGGCGCUAGGGGCGUAGCCAGAGCAGCCAAGUCACUGAAAUCGGACCGUCCGACCAAUGCGGCUCUUCCGGGCAGUCGACCUUCCUACAGCACAGCUCCACUUCGGCAUGUCCGACGUGUCGCACUCCGCUACUUUCCAGCCACAGCCGCUUCGAGAGCCCGCAACGUCGAGUCAAAGCUGCUCUCUUACUUCAGCGCCUCCCAACCAUACGACCCUUCGUCGACUCAGCAUUCAAAUGCACUGAGGCUCGAGCGCUUUCUGCCUCCUCUCUUCGACGUCGACCUAAUAGCUCAGAACGAUGAUCAGCAAGCACUCUACAAGGCGAUCCAGCACCUGGAUGCCGACCUGUCGUGGCACCUCUACAAGCAACUCGGCAAGGCUCGUCGAAGCAUACCUACACCGGUGCUCGACCUUAUCAUCACCUUGCAAUGCCGCAAACCCGUCAGAAGCAGCUCGGCUAAUGCGAUCGACAGUCAGGCUGCUGUUCGUCAGGUUUGUGAUCGAGUGCUCGAUCUUUGCGAUGACCGAGCGCGCAAUCCGGCAGGAAGCUCUUCCCAAAUCAGCCUGGCUGCCUCUGACGCGGACGAGCUGUCUCCACUGGCGCCGGCGGUCUCCCUUAGAUUGCUCUAUCUUCUCAUCGUAGAAGAAGAGCAGGUGGCAGCUGCCAGAUCUCCGCGAUCUUCUCAAAGGCGCAAUAGACUGUCCAGCAUGGUCAAGCAAUUGUCAGCAAAUUUGGAUGCUCAGACUCGUUCCGCAGACCAACACAUCGACGUAUCGCUCCGAGGGCGUAUCGCCGCGACGCUGUCACGUUUGGGUGAUACAAAUGCUGCCUAUGGCCAACUGCAGCUUCUGGUAGCGCAGGCAACUCAGGCGGACGCAGCUGCAACCAUCGAUCCCCGCCCCUUCGACCAGCUUCUUUCGGCAUUGGCGAGGUAUGCCAACAAAUCCUCCGGCGGGUCUGCUCAGCAUCUUCCAUCACCCGUCGACUUCAUCUCACGUCCAAUCGAUGAAACCCAUCCGAUCAUUCGAGCUUUGCGACUCACUUUGUCUACCGAUGUUCAUGCAUCCAAGGCCAACAUACACAAAUGUCUACAAGCCUUAGAUUCUGCAACAUUGUGGUGGCUGCUGCCUUUCGAGCUCGACGGCAAGCACUGGGACGACGGUACGGUCGAAGCGCAGCCAGAUGACCGAUAUCCACUUAAGAACAAGUGGCAUCCAUGGCAAACUUCUGCAGAUGGAAUGGUCGUCUCAGAGAACAAUCUCCACUCCUUCGCAGAACGCGUCGCGCUUGUCCUGGCUCAGCGUGGCAUCCUUCAGCCUGCCCUACAUAUCGUCACUGGCUUGCAAAGCAGCCGUGUCGAGUCGCGAUCGACAUCCAAGGUGCCAGACCAUGACUUUUUCACCGUAAUCUUCGAGAGAUUGACCGAACGGAUGACGUCUGAAGCAGGUUCACACAAGUCUUCAGACACGCAUCGUGGUCUCUCGAACGACCUUCACCUCGCAAUGAAGAUCUACAGCAUCGCUCACGCCAUCGAUGCGGACCUCGACUCCCGCCUCAACGAAGCCGUGGUUAAAGCGCUAGCGUCUUGCCUGCCCACGUCGAUCGUAGAUCUGGGUCCGAGGAGACCCGUUCUCACCGCCUUCAAGGCGCACAUAGCCCAACGCAACGAACAGCACGGCAGCAAACACGCUUUGAGGAAAUGCCUCCGUCAAUUCACGAACAUGGUGCUCGGGAGGGAUCCCGACUUGAGCAAGGCUUCUCUGAGCUACCCAGCACAGGCGACCCUGCUCGGUCUCCACAUGCGCGCUCGCGAUUACUCCUUCUCAAAGCGGUUGUAUGAACUGAUGCGGCUGCGCGAAUCGAUGGCUCAAAUGUGGUCCGAAGAUCCACAAGCAGGCACACUGCGACGCUCUGCACAGAAUCAAUUAGCUGGCCCGGAUCGCGACUCCUUCAUGUGGCUGUUCGCAGAAAGCACUCGAUCUACGGCCACGAUGUCCUUUGCAGUGCAGCUCUACCUCGACUGGGUGGCCAGCGGAAACGUCCUGCCAUCGAGACUCAAUGCUGACUUUGUACGUGGCCUCUUGCGGGCCGAUAUGAUUCCUGUCGUUCGCCGCGUCCUGCUCGAGCUUCAGGAGAAUCGUGGCUUGCUGCGGGCACGUCUUGCCCGAAACCUCGUGGCGUCCUUUGCCGACGCCGGAUUUCCAGAUCUUGCCGUCGAGAUGGUCGUCAAUGUAUCGCAGCUCACGGCGUCCACCUACGCGCUGCAAAUGUCUGACGUCGGAGUUGACAUUCAGAAGAACUCAGGCAACUCCUGGCUACUCAGCUCUACCUUGGAGCUCAUAAGCGUCGCACUUGACCGCUCCAGCCGACUUCCCUCGUCGAGCGAUGGCGAGUCGCAUCGCAAGGUCCUUCGCGUCUUCGAAGAGUUCAGGUUGGGUCUGACUCACCAUCUGUUCAUCUCAACUUCGCCGACAACUGACACGUCGCCGCCAAUAGGCGACACAUCGGAGGCAUACGCUUCAGGUAGGGUGACUACUCGAGUGAUUCGCAUGGCAUACAAUGCGGCCAUGCGAGCUUCUUUGUCGCUUGUGCCGAAUCAUGCAACCGAUGCCACGACUCUUGAGCAUUCCAGCGAGGGCUGGAACGCCGUCAAGUCCGCCUGUUUGCACACCGAGGAGCUUUUCAAGGAGCUCAAGGAUCUGGGAGCGGAGCCAGACGAAGAUACGUGGAAUCUGCGUCUCACGUCAGCCUUGCAUGCUAGUCUCUCUGCACCGGACCAGGUCGAGAAGCAGGCGUGGCUGCAAACUGCCCUUACACUGCUCGAGGAAGUCUGCGAGUGCGCUCUCGUAGUCGACGGUCCAUCGCAUGCAUCCGGACGCAACUACGCAUCGCAUCAUGGUGACGCAUCAAUCCCGGAAGUGGAGGCUCUGCAACGUGUUGUCGUACACCCUGCCGUGUUUGCAGCUGCGAUCGACGCUAGUCGCUGUUGUGGCAACCUUGAGGCCGGCCUACAAGUGUACGAGCUUCAUGUGCAACGCGGCGGGCUCAAUGCGCAUGUCGAAAGGGCGCGUCUGCUGCUCCUCGCGGACUUGGCCGAGCCGCAUCAAUGGAGAAAUGAGCUCGACUCGCUCAUGCAACACCAGAGAUCCGCCCUGAUGGCCGAUAAGCGCUUCCUGCAGCAGCUCAAAAUGCUUUCGAGCGCCGCGAUGCAACGGAAGGGGAAUGAUGCCGACCCGCGUUAG